GAGUUAAACACAGUGAUGAAACUAAAGUUCAAAACACAAAACAAACAAAGUGCAUUUUAACACAACAUCCGCUCCACUGCCCUUAAGCUAACGCAAACGCAUACAUGGAAAACGUGUUCAAAAAUCGCUCCACUUGUGAUCCAGCGAAAUGUGUCGCUUCUUGCCCACGUCGACCGCGCUCCGUGCUGGAACCGCGUACCGAGCCGCGGGUCACUUCCGGGUUGCGUGCCGUCAUGCGUUACGCCGAACAACCCCCUAGCGCAAUCGAAUUAACCCACUGAACACUCACCGGACCGGAUGUGGAAUCGGUGCGGGUACGUACAGCAGAAACGCCAACGAACGGAAGCAGAACGAACAGUGGUGCAGUUUGCAGUGCCGUGCAAAAGAUGCGCAAAAGCCCGAACAGCCUGUCGCCGAUUGCGAUCCUACCGAACACACCGCCUCCGGCACGUAUCUUUGCGCAACCGGAAACACCUACGACCCCCCUGACGGAUGGGACCGUUUCGCCGGCCACCACCUCCGACGCGCCCCCAUGCGGGGGGCCGGUCGUGGUGGAGCUGCCGACUCCACUCGCCCGACCGUCCUCGAUACGUAGCGCUUCCGGGUCCGGGCCACAGUUGCGCUUCAGCAGCCUGCUGGAUCCGGGUGACAUUACGCCCAUCACCUCACCACUGCCAAGCGUCACGUCCGGCAUGGCGGACGGGUCGAUCUACACGAUCUUCGGUGCGGAGAAUGGGACCGCACCGAACGACCGGUCGAACCGGCGCCGUAGCUCGCUGUUUCUGUCCAACAGCGUGAGCAACGGUAGUGCCACCAGUGCCACACCGGCCGGCGGUUUGCUGGCCACGAACGGGUCGGCCGUGAACUGUAGCAGUAUUAGCACGGGCCUUAGUCAGCCCAACCCGGUGGCUAGCAGUGUCAGUGCCUCCAAUGCCAACAGUGCCAGCGCGAAAUCGCGCUCCCGGCGUUCGUCGGAGCUGUCGCAGCAGAACUCGAUGAAGUCGCACGCGUCCGUCAGCAGCAGCUCGCGCAAACGUAGCUCGCAGGCUCACAUCGAGCUGAACGGGCCACCGUUGCGGGAUCGGCCGCGCUGUCUCAAGUCGUCGUUUUUGCGCCGCAAGUGCAAAGAGUAUGCAGAUGAUGACGAUGCUACCACCUCGGGCAUAACGCUGGACGACUCCGACAAACGCGUGAUACGGCUGAAUGAACCACAAGUUCAAAAGUAUUGUAACAAUCAUAUCUCAACCGCUAAAUAUAGUGCCCUUAGUUUUCUACCUUCGUUCCUGUUCGAGCAGUUCCGGCGAUACUCGAACUGCUUCUUUCUGUUAAUAGCACUGCUGCAACAGAUACCGGACGUUUCGCCGACCGGUCGCUACACGACGCUCAUACCACUUAUGUUCAUACUUGCGGUGAGCGCAAUCAAGGAAAUCGUCGAAGACAUCAAGCGGCACCGGGCGGACGAUGAGAUCAACCACCGCCUGAUCGAGGUACUGCAGAAUGGCCAGUGGCACACGAUCAAGUGGCAGGAGCUGUCGGUCGGCGAUAUCGUAAAGGUGCUCAACAACACCUUCUUCCCGGCCGACCUGGUGCUCCUGUCGUCCAGUGAGCCCCAGGGCAUGUCCUUCAUCGAGACGUCCAACCUAGACGGUGAGACGAACCUGAAGAUUCGGCAGGGCGUACCGACCACGAGCAAAAUACUGGAGACGAAGGACUUCAACCAGUUUCGCGGUACGCUCGAGAGUGAGCCGCCGAAUCGGCAUCUGUACGAGUUCAAUGGCGUGCUGAAGGAACACGACAAACAAGCGGUAGCACUCGGCCCGGAUCAGCUGUUACUGCGAGGUGCGAUGCUACGUAACACCGCCUGGAUAUUCGGUAUCGUUAUCUACACCGGUCACGAUACGAAACUUAUGCGAAACUCUACCUCAGCGCCGUUGAAGCGCUCAACCGUUGACAGACUGACAAACACGCAUAUUCUAAUCUUAUUUUUCAUUCUGAUCUUUCUGUGUAUCGUGAGUUGCAUUUUCAACCAAUUUUGGACGAACGAACAUUUUAAAAAGGACUGGUACUUAGGCAUCGGCAAUCUUUUGAGCAAAAACUUCGCCUACAAUCUGCUUACGUUUAUUAUUCUGUACAACAAUUUGAUUCCAAUAUCGCUACAAGUUACGUUGGAGCUGGUCCGGUUUCUACAGGCGAUCUUCAUCAACAUGGACAUCGAUAUGUACCACGAGGAGUCGGAUACGCCGGCAAUGGCGCGCACUUCCAACCUUAACGAGGAGCUCGGUAUGGUGAAGUACGUGUUCUCCGACAAAACCGGCACGCUGACGCGGAACGUGAUGGAGUUCAAGAAGUGCAGUGUGGCUGGUUUGAUCUACACGGUCGAGGAAACGCCGGCCCAGUCCCGUUUGGUACAGAACAUCCUGAAAAACCAUCGUACGGCCCCGACAAUACGCGAAUUUCUCACCCUCAUGGCAAUCUGUCACACAGUCAUCCCGGAGAAGCAGCCUGGCGAUAGUUUGAACGACAUCCACUAUCACGCUGCCAGUCCGGACGAACGGGCCCUCGUUUAUGGGGCAGCAAAGUUCGGGUACGUGUUCCACACCCGCACACCAGCGUACGUCGAGAUCGAAGCGCUCGGCGUGCAGGAACGGUUCGAGAUACUGAACGUGCUCGAGUUCACAUCCACCCGCAAACGGAUGUCGGUAAUCGCACGCAACUCCAGAAGCGAAAUCAAACUCUACUGCAAGGGAGCGGACACUGUGAUUUACGAACGGCUAGCACCGGACGGCGUUGCGUACCGUGAGUCAACGCUCAGCCACCUGGAAGAGUUCGCUACCGAGGGUCUGCGUACGUUGUGCUGUGCCGUAUCGGACAUCCCGGACGAUGUGUACGAGGACUGGAAGCACACGUAUCACAAGGCGUCCACAUCGCUACAGUACCGCGAGCAGAAGGUGGAGGAUGCGGCCAAUCUGAUUGAAACGAAUCUGCGGCUGCUGGGUGCGACGGCGAUCGAGGAUAAGCUGCAGGACGGUGUGCCCGAAACGAUCGCGUCGUUGCUGGAGGCGAAAAUCAAUGUGUGGGUGCUGACGGGCGAUAAGCAGGAGACGGCCAUCAACAUCGGCUACUCCUGCCAGCUGUUGACUCAUUCGAUGGAUUUGAUUUUGUUGAACCAGGAUUGUUUGGAUAACACACGAAACUGCAUCCAGGAGCACACCGGUACCGGGCGGAUCGAUAAUAUGGGCCGGAAGGAUGCGGCACUGAUCGUGGAUGGCAAAACGCUUAAGUACGCGCUCAGCUGUGAUUUGCGAAGCGAUUUCUUGGACCUGUGCCUCGCAAGCAAGGUGGUGAUUUGUUGUCGCGUGUCCCCGAUCCAGAAAGCGGAAAUGGUGGAACUGGUGACGACCAGCACGAAAGCGGUCACCCUAGCUAUCGGGGACGGUGCGAACGAUGUGGCGAUGAUACAGAAGGCGAACGUCGGUGUCGGUAUAUCGGGUGUGGAAGGUUUGCAAGCGGCCUGUGCGUCAGACUAUUCGAUUGCGCAGUUCAGCUACCUUCGAAAGUUACUGCUGGUGCACGGAGCAUGGAAUUAUAGCCGGAUGUGCAAGCUUAUACUGUACAGCUUCUACAAAAACAUCUGCCUGUACGUGAUAGAGCUGUGGUUUGCAAUAUAUUCUGGAUGGUCCGGUCAAAUAUUGUUUGAACGGUGGACAAUCGGUUUAUACAACGUGUUUUUUACUGCGCUACCACCCUUCGCCAUGGGUCUGUUCGAUAAAGUGACAUCCGCGGAACAGAUGUUAAAAGAACCAAGACUUUAUGCACCGUCGCAAAAUGCCAAACAAUUUAAUGGGAAAGUGUUCUGGCGCUUCAUCGUCAAUGCUCUGUUUCAUUCGAUGAUACUGUUUUGGCUGUCGUACAAGAUCUACGAGAAGGAUGUCAUCUGGAAGAAUGGUCGGGACGGUGGAUACUUAGUGUUAGGCAACAUAGUGUACACGUACGUGGUCGUGACGGUGUGUUUGAAGGCGGGUCUUCUUACCAACUCCUGGACCUGGCUGACGCACUGUUCCAUCUGGGGUUCGAUACUGCUUUGGUUCAUAUUUAUCUUCAUUUACAGCAACAUUUGGCCAGCGUUACCGGUAGGCGCAGUGUUCACGGGCAUGGAUAAUAUGGUCUUCACGACGCCAGUGUUUUGGGCCGGCCUGUUGCUUAUUCCCUUAUCCGCACUUCUGUUAGACAUUUCCUGGAAAGCGUACAGUAAUUCGCGCAAGGAUAACAUGCUAACACCACCAAUGAAGGAAUCCAGAUCUUCAAGCUUGUCGAAGAUUCUGUCCUGGCGUAGGCGCAACUCCGUGGCCCCACUAGCGGCUUGGCAUCAAAACAGUAUUAGCAUAACCGAGUUGCACAUGUAGAAAGUAAUGAACUUUUGUUUUUCUUCUAUAAGUAUGCUGUACGAACAGGUGUUUAUAAAUAUAUGUAUAUCUAUACACUAUACCAGUAGCCAGUGGCAAAAGGGGUAGCGCUAGAGGUUAAAAAGGGUUGAACCCCCUUUUUUGUGAUACAAAAUGUAUAUUUUGAUAAUAGUAGCAAAACAAAUGAAAGAAGGAUGAUGCUAUCAAGGUUCUGUUUUUCUCCUCCCCGGUGUGGAGUGGUUGUUUAAUUUAUAAACGUUAUUUAGUAUUUAGGUCCCAACAAAACUAAUCAAUGUGAACCGGGUCGUGUGAGUAAAGGGAAGCAUCAACGAAGCAAUCUAAUUUGUAGGAUAAUAGUAGCCCAGUAUGUUUGCAACAAUUGUAACCCAUUUUCGGAAAUGUUUAAGUAAUAUUACGAUGCAAUCCGUCCGUUGACAGUAAAACUACCUAUCUCCCACACUCUGUAUCUCAUUUCUGCUAAACGUGCAUUCCAACUUAUUAAAAGAGCCUUAUAUUAUUGCAACCAGUAUUAACCUGAGACCUUUGUGCGAUACGUGAUUGGUUUCUAUUGUCCUUCUUUUUCGUUUAUCGUUUUACUUAGCUACGCGAUCUCAUAAAAAAAAUCACCUCCGACACGUACGUGUCCCGAAUGGCAUUCUUCUUCCUCAAUCGCAAUAACUGCGCACGUUUUAGAGCGCCCUCCGUGCUCUGCUAGUAGUGUAAUGUGUUUGUUGAAGCCUACGUUUUAACGCAUUUCCGUUUUCGGGUGCUCGGGUACCCGAUCCAGUAAUGUAAGCGUUAGUGUGAGCGUAACAUUCCGAAUAAUCCGUACUAGGGGCUGGGGACAGCAAUAAGGGUGCAAUAGGUAGGGCCGGAUAGGAGAAAAAAUGUAACACGACAAAAAAGGGCAACGAGUGCAAUAUUAAUAGAUAAUUAUUUCUAUCUAUUGGGUAACAGGUUUUUGUUUUAGUAGAACAGGGCUAGUAACUAGGUACCGAACGGAGCACUAAAGCUCCUUCAAAAUGCAGUGAAUAACUAAAAUAGCCCCUGCAAGGCGGCAUUCCGCAUUACUACAGUAAGCAGCCUACCUCCCGCGCUUUCAUUGUACUAUCCUGCUAUGUUAUGUAUAUGUGUAUCUGUAUGUGUGUGUGUGUUAUCUAAUGGAAGCGGAAACGGAUUCGUGUGUGCGGUCGCUCGCUGGUGCUCAUAAAACAAAAAACCAAUACUUCAUACAAUAUGUAUCGUCUCCUUGAACGUUUCUAAUCCUUAGAGCGGUUAAUGUGGCUGGCAAGGUUUCCCCGUGUCACGUGUGGCCGACGGUUAUUAACGCGCUAGGUUUCGUUGAGUCAAAAAAUAAAUGGAUAAUAUGUAUUUAUCGCUUUCAUAGUCAACAAAGCACAAAUAAAGCCUUCCCGUAAUAUCGCGCGUCUGCUGUACAUGUGUUGCGCUAUUUUGGGGGACACGCGUUAAUGUUGGCUGUUUGUGUCUGUCUAUGGCAGGUGGUGAUGGACCGGUUCAUUUCCCUUCACUGUCUGUCCUCUUAGGAAACUGUUGUGGAUAAUCGAUUAAAAACCGGGUGCGUUUUUAUCAUCCUUAAUUGUCAGUCUCGGGCUUUACUGAUCGCCGCUCACUCUGUGUUUUGCCCGCGCCUCUAUUCUUCAGCCAUAUUGUGCUGCAAUCUUUCCGUACGCGCUGACUACACUAAAUGUUUGUGUGCUGCUGGCGCUACUCCUGCUAGCUACCAUUGCUAUACCACCACCGUGUGUCCUGUCCUUCGAAAACACUAUUGGGGCCGGCUAGGAGCUAUACUGUGUGCUACAAAACAAAACCAAAAAAGCAAGGUCAGCCUAUAGAAUGGGCAUCAUUUUCACCCUCUCCCCGCCCCCCUUUUUCCUCACGUGUCAUAAUCCACCAACACUCGUGUUGUGCAUCGUUCCUUCCCUUUAGUGAGACCGAAGCCUACCAUAUGGUGUCGCGCAGAUCCCGCGGAAAUGAACGCUAUGAAGAGCUGGCGUAGUAAACAAAAAAGGAUUCCCGAUCAUUCGCGUGAGCUGAUAGUGGAUGAUUACACACAAACACAUGUGCCCGAUACACACACACAUACGCAUACGCAUAAUGCAGGAUGGGUUUGUUAAGCGAACGAACGCAAUUUCUUCCUAACAUAACACACCAAACGGAUGGGGAAUAAUUAGCAGAGCGAAAACCGCAACAGGGGAAAUAAAGGAAAUACAAUAAAAAUGCACCUUUUAAAGAUGUGAAAAAUAAGAUAAGCAAAAGUUUAAACUAUCUUUUACCAAAAGGUUUCAAAAGAAAUAAAAUUAAAGCAGAUUCUUUCCUAUCGAAACGAGAUGGCAGUGUAUGAGUGACUUAAUAAAGCGUUCAAAUGUUAACUUCCAGCACGUGCUUCCUUAGUUUAGGCAGUAAUGUUUUAAACAUUCAACAAAAUCAGUUCUAUUGUUACACUAUUUUUUAAUAGUAAAGCUACAUUUUCAAGCGCUUCCUGUGCUGUGCGAGAACGUAGCUUGUAGCUGAACGAAGCCGGGGCUAAGUAGUAGUGAGCAGUGUAGGCAGGAGUGUUAGUAAUCUGUAUUGGUGCUGCAACAAAUGGAAGUAAAGAAACACUUUAGUAAUAUAA